CUGCAGCACGCACGAGCUGUUCCACAGUGAGAAGUUUCAAAAGGAACAUUUACACACAGAUUACCUUAAUGUCGACACCGCUGGGUCCGAUGAUAUGGUUACUUUUAUUACGGUGUUACAGGUGAACCUCGUGAUGUCCGCGCUGGUGUGCAUCAUGCUCCUGGCGUACCUGUGUGGAUUCCAGGUGCAGUCCCUGGACAGGCGCAUGCCCACGCACGACCCUGUCAACGCCCUCAUCAUCAAACUCCUGCAGGAGGGCGUCACCCGGGACCGGCCCCGGGAGGCAGAGCCUCAGGAGCAGGACAUGAUGAAGGAUGGCGUGAUGGCGGCAGCUUCCCACCAAGCCACCCAGUAUGAAAUUGAAGAUUACCCAGAGAAGUCCUCCUCCAUCCAGCGCCCCCUGCUGGACAUUGGUGUGGAGCUGCUGAAACAGCAGAAGCGGUACAACUCGCCCCGGGUGUUGCUAAGCGACCGGCCACCCCUGCAGCCGCCGCCGCUGUACGAGAUGGACGAGUACGUGGGGAAUGAGGAUGAGGCGGGAAACAGAACAAGGAGGAAGCGCCAUGCCCAGCACAGGAGCUACCGGGGCGAGUAUUCCGUCUGUGACAGCGAGAGCGAGUGGGUGACGGACAAGACCAGUGCCGUGGACAUCCGGGGACGCCAUGUCGCCGUUCUGGGCGCCAUCAAGACCGGCGGCUCGGAGGUCAAGCAGUAUUUUUACGAGACAAAGUGCCGGAACUCCAAACCCGUCAAGAGCGGCUGCCGGGGCAUAGAUGACAAGCACUGGAGCUCUCAGUGCAAAACGACGCAGACGUACGUGCGGGCCCUCACCGCGGAGAGGAGCUCCGUGAGCUGGCGGUGGAUCCGCAUCGACACUUCCUGUGUGUGCGCGCUGUCACGCAAAAAGCGCAGGACGUAA